UGAUCCCCCAAGACACGCAGUCUUAGUGCAGCGCAGUAAGACCCUUUGAGGCGUUGUGGCCGCUCUCCCUGCAGGUCAUCGAUACGUGCAACUCGGUCUCUGCCUAUCUGGUACCCCGUAUGCAUGCAAAGGCAGGCGACUAGUCGAUAAUGAGUUGCGAGAAUGGAUGCUAUCCAGAGUAUAAAGUGCUUACACGGCCAGGGCCGAGCCGAACGGGAAAUCGCCGUCUACGGGGUCCGUUAGACAUGGACAAUUGAAUCUUGCCAAGUAGCUUCGAGAUGCGGUGGCAAGUAUCAGCCAUGUACUCUGAAACUUGUCAAAUAUCAAAUCAUCCUAUUUCUUAGCUGCAGCUUGGUGUAUGGCCAUCUGCACCUUUGGGUGACAUGGGAUGACACAGUGUAUGUAGGGGCAGAGUCUCAAAACAGGGCCAUGGGUGCAUACAUCCGACGUCCAUCGGAGGUAGCUCCGCCUCCGCCUACCAGUAAGAACCCCCCCUGGAGAGGCCUAGAAGGCCAAGGAAACCGGUGGGAUCCUCUCUGGCUGGGCGUCCGAGAUGAUUCCAACGCUCUCGCAAAGCAGGCCUGAAAUGCUCCAGCUGAACAAGUCUGAGAGUGAGAGAGAGCGGCUCCAAUGGAUGGUGGCAUGAUUGAUGAUACGAGCGAGAUCGUCAUUACAAAUUGAUUCUGGCACGCCGCAUGUGAUGCUGAUGCCUCUUUGAGGCUUGGACGCCAAAGGAAGGGGCUUUUGAUCUGAUCAACGGCUAAUUGUGUCUAAUUGUCUC